AUGGUGAAAAGUGGAAUAAAUGUGUUAGGAAAGCAAUGGUGGGGAAGGAGUCAUUUUAGAAUAGGAAGUAGAACACAACCAAGACCAAAUAAAGGAUUUAAAUUAUUUACAAAUAAUUCUAUACACAAAACUGUUGAAUAUUUCAGAUGGUGGAAAAGAAUACGUAGAGGUAAUUUAGCUUUUUUUAGGAGCAGCAAAUUUGAGAGGAUUGAGGAAAAUUUAUUUCCUCUAACCCGAUCAAUUUUUGACAUUUAUUUUUUUCUAGCUAAUCUAGUUAAUUAUUAUUCAUUUUUUAAGUUAUUUCUAUUGAAUAUGAUAUAUUUUAGUGUUAUCAAGUGA